AUGUUCUCAAAGGGUGGAAACUACCCCCUCCCACACCGAGACCUGCUGUCUGAGCUAACUGUGGUAUAUCCUACUACUGAGGAGUUGGUUUUGUUUUGUGCCUUAUUUCACUGCCUUAUUUCUCUUCUUCCUAAUGACUCAUUUGUCAGCAUACUUAUUUCCCAGCAUAGUGGGAAGCUGAAAGUCCCUGAAUGGGUGGACACCGUCAAGCUGGCCAAGCAUAAAGAGCUUGCUCCCUACGAUGAGAACUGGUUCUACACACGAGCUGCUUCCAUAGCACGGCACCUGUACCUCCGGGGCGGCACUGGGGUCAGCUCCAUGACCAAGAUCUACGGGGGAUUCCAGAGAAACGGGGUCAUGCUUACCCACUUCAGGAGAGGCUCCAAGAGUGUGGCCCGCAGGGUCCUACAAGCCCUAGAGGGGCUGAAAAUGGUGGGAAAGGACCAAGAUGGGGGCCCCAAACUGACACCUCAGGGACAGAGAGAUCUGGACAGAAUUGCCGGACAGGUGGCAGCUGCCAACAAGAAGCAUUAGAACAAAUGCUGGGUUAAUAAAUUGCCUCAUUCAU